AGAACCACUAUCAACACGCAAGGAGUGCAGAGGUUCCCUCUAUAUUAACGCCAGCAACCACUGUGUCAGCACAUUAUGAAUAGAACAGCCAUAGUGUCCCGCAAAUCCUUCCCACGGUGGAUAAUCAUCCUCGGAGUGCUUGGAAUGUUGGCAGCCCUUGGGCUAAUGAUUGGACUCUUAGUUCACUUUCUGGCAGUAGAAAACAGGAUCUACUACUAUCAAGGUAGCUUUAAAGUGCUGAAUAUUCCAUAUGACAGAAAUUAUGAAAGGGAGACAUCACUAGAAAGUAACCUCCUCAGUAAAAUCCUCGAGACUAAAAUGGUCGAUGCCUUUCAAAGUUCUAACAUUUACAGACAAUAUAUCAACUCUCAGAUCAUCACAUUGUUUCCUGAUAACAACAGCGUUACAGCCCAUAUAUGGCUGGUGUUUAAGGAUCCUUUGUCAGAGAAGGAAAACCUAAGAAGGAGAAUUGAAAGCAUCUUAUAUCGGAUGCUGGAGAACCACUCAGGAUCCCUGACUAUGGAUCCUGGGUCUCUGAAGCUCAUGGAAAUCAAUAAGGUUGAUGCUGAGAAGAUUAUCAAUAGCCGCUGCGGGAGACGACCAAGAAUGUCAGCAACCUAUGACAGAAUCAAGGGAGGUUCCACUGCCCACGAAGGAGAAUGGCCAUGGCAAGCGAGUCUCAGAGUGAAUGGCAGACACCACUGUGGGGCAUCACUCAUUGGUGAGCGAUUUCUGCUCACAGCGGCUCACUGCUUUCAAAAGACAAAAAAUCCAAAAAACUUAACUAUUAGCUUUGGCACUAAAGUAACCCCACCCUACAUGCAGCAUUACGUUCAGAAAAUUAUUAUUCAUGAGGACUAUGUUACGUGGGACCAUCGCAACGACAUCGCAGUUGUCAUGCUCACCGAAAGAGUUUCAUUCAAGAACGAUGUCCAUCGGGUGUGUCUGCCGGAAGCCACACAGAUUUUUCUACCAGGGGAAGGAGUCGUUGUUACAGGAUGGGGAGCACUUUCACACAAUGGCAAAUCCCCACUGUUACUUCAGAAAGCACCUGUUAAAAUUAUUGACACGGACACGUGCAAUGCUGAGGAAGCUUACGGGGGCAGGAUAGCAGACACGAUGCUCUGUGCUGGCUACAUGGAAGGCAAAAUUGACGCUUGCCAGGGUGACUCUGGAGGACCACUAGUGCAUCCCAAUUCUAGAGAUAUCUGGUACCUUGUUGGUAUAGUGAGCUGGGGAGAUGAAUGCGGCAAAAUCAACAAGCCAGGGGUCUACACAAAAGUGACUGCCUACCGUGACUGGAUUGCUGCCAAGACCGGUAUCUAGUGAAAAGUCAUCUUCUAGUAAUGCAUGCAGAUCAUUGCUGCCUGGUACUCCUAUUAUUUAAAAUCCAUUUCUUUAUUCUUUUUUUCCAUUUUGUGUGUGUGUUUGCAUAUGUGUGGGUACGUGUGUGUCUGAGCCCAUGCAUGUAAGUGUGUGUGCAUAUAGAAGCUCAGGUUGAUGUUAAGAAUGACCCUCAGUAAUUUCGUUGAAUGCACUGCGUCAGGGUCUUCGUCAAACCAAGAACUCCUAGAUGUACCCUGUCUUACUAGUCAGGUUGCUGUUGGGACCUCCUGCUUUGUCAUCUAAGGAUGGAAGUACAGACAGGCAUCUAUGCCCAUCAAGCAUUUAUGUGCCCCCUGGGGAUUCCAAUUCCAUUCCUUAAGCUUUCAUGCUAAGAUGAGGGGAAGACUGAGAUGCUUCUGGAAGUAGCAUUGGGGGCAGAGAGGCAGUUGUCAGUAUCAGAGACCGGAAGAAAGACAGUUAGGCAUGCUGUGUCAAUAGGAAGGUGCUUUAUAAGGGAAAAUAUUAAUAGCUGGCCGUGUGCUCCCACGGUUCCUAGAUAUGAGCACAGUGCAUUGUUUAUGAGGCACAAGACUCUACCAUUAAGUGAC